CCACUGCUUGAGCUGAAGUACAGCGCAUCUCCCUUUGGCUUUGCCGUUGUCCGCGCCGGUGGCAAGAAGGAUGUACCCCUGUUCAACACAGCAGGCUCCCGUCUCGCAUCUCUGGGAUACAAUGCCCUCAUCUUUGACUGUAUGUUUCAGGACCAGUACAUUGAAAUUACUAGUGGCAUCCCAGCGAACGCAGUGCUGUAUGGCCUCGGUGAAAGUGCUCCCAGCACGGGCCUUGCCCUGCGGCGGGAUGGGAUCCCCUACACACUGUGGACGCGCGAUCAGGCGCCUGAAGUGCCAGAUGUCAACAACUACGGUGCCCAUCCCUUCAUCAUGGAUUUCCGUCCAGGCGGUGCCACUCAUGGCGUGCUACUCAUGAACAGCAACGGCAUCGAUGUGACGCUGACACCCAAAAAGAUGCAAUUCCGUGCCACUGGCGGCAUCCUGGAUCUGUACUUCCUGGCUGGUCCCACCCCAAUGGGCGUGAUGAAUCAGCUGACCAGCAUCAUAGGCCGCCCCCACAUGCCCCCAUACUGGAGCCUGGGGCUCAUGCACAGCAAGGUUGGCUACAUGACUGUAGAGUACUGUGAUCAAGUGGUGACCAACUACUCGCGAGCACAGAUACCCCUGGAGACUUUCAUCACGGACAACCAAUACGCCGAUGCCUACAUGGACUUCACCUUCAGCGACGGCUACCCCCAGAAGGCAUUCCGGGCUUUUGUGGACAAGCUGCAUGCCAAGGGGCAGCGAUGGGCACCUAUCAUCAACCCUCAAAUCCACAUCCAGCCUGGAUACGCGGCCUAUGAGUCCGGCAUUGCUGAUAACGUUUUCAUCAAGGAUAUCUCUGGCAAACCUUUCACUGGCCAGCUCUGGGCUGGCGCGGUGCAUUACCCAGACUACUGGGCAAACGUUACGCAGCGCUGGUGGGCUAAAGAGCUGGCAGACUAUCACCAGAAAAUGCCAUUCGAUGGUCUCUGGAUUGACAUGAAUGAAGCCAGCAACUUCUGCACUGGGGAUGUUUGCUAUGACAAUGGUAAGGUCCACCUGUCAGGCCCGGCUGCUGCCAAUGGUGCCCCAAAUGUGCCCCCUGCUGGAAUCUUCGAUCCUCCAUACACCAUCAACAACAACAACACCCAAGUGAAUAUCACUGUCAAGACCAUCUCACCAGCAGCGCGCUAUCUGGAUGGAGAAUUGGAAUAUAACAGGCACAACUUGUACGGCCUUUCCACAGUGAUUUCCACCAGAAGUAUUCUGAACAGCCUGAUCCCCAAGAGAUCCUUCCUUCUCACCAGGUCCACCUUCCUUGGGUCAGGAGCGUAUUCCGCGCACUGGACAGGCGACACAGCCAGCACUUGGGCUGAUCUGCGCCGAAGCAUUGCUAACAUGCUGGCGAACGGCCUGGCUGGCAAUGCUUUCAUCGGCGCUGACAUCUGCGGCUUCCAGCAUGUGGCAACCGAGGAGUUGUGCAGCCGCUGGGCGGCUGCAGGAGCCUGGCAGCCAUUCUCGCGCAACCACCACUCCACCGGCUUCCAGGAAUUCUACCUGCGGCCGACCAUCCGGAGCCUGGCACAGAAGGUCUUCCCCUGGCGGCUGCGAGUGCUGCCCUACCACUACAGCACCUUCUACGACGCGCACACCUUCGGCUGCAGCAUCAUGCGCCCUCUCUUCUUCAGCUUCCCCAAAGACAACACGACCGCCCUCAUCCACCAGCAGUGGAUGGUGGGUGAUGCUAUCAUGGUGGCACCCAUCCUGCAGGAGGGCGUCGUCAGCACCUCCGCAUACCUGCCGCCCGGGGUCUGGUAUGACCUGUACAACCACACCGCCAUCGAUGCCAGCGCAGGGGGCCUCAACACCACUGCCCAGGCGGGAUUGGCGGACAACCCACCCGUGUUUGUACUGGGAGGGAACAUCGUGCCGCUAGGGCCUCCAGGAACCAACACGACAACUGCACUGCGGGCGGGCAACCUGACGCUGCUUGUGGCCUUCCCCAGUGCU